UUUGGUUUGGGAGGUGGUAUAUAACCCCAGCCAACAGCCUCGUAGUAAACCGUACAUGUAAAACAGACGGACGAGAAUGGGGGAUCUGCUCUGGAUAUUUGGUGCGUUUAUAUUUUACGCACAGACGUGUCUCCAGGUUGCCACACUCGGAGCGGGUCCACAAGCAGUAUCAAGGAAUGUCAGUGCUGCCAACGUUUUUCAGUGCGACGAAGAAGGGGUUUUCCCCGACCCCAAAGACUGCCGGAGCUACUACCGAUGCACGAUCACCCUUCAAGCGAAACACGAGUCGUGCCUCUGGUGGUCCUACUUCCACCCCAUCAGGAAAGGGUGCAGCAUUGGAGGGUGCUCUAUUCUGACGAAGCCGUCGCGAUUUGGAUUGUCAGCAGCGAACAGCACGAAGGCUUCGGAUGAAGAGUUCCAGUGCUCGUCACCAGGGCUGUUUGCUGACCCCGAGGACUGCCGAGCUUAUUACAGCUGCGACUCAAAUUUGAGACCUCGGCGUUACUUAUGCUAUUUUGGGGUGGGCCAUUACGACAUCGACAAUAAUUACUGCACCCUCGGAUUCUGGAGCAAUGUCCCAGAAGGCAGUUAUCGCCACACUUGCUGCCGUGAGAACCUCAAAUCUGACGAAAAAGUGAAAGUCACUAAGCAGCGGCGUCGAGUGACAAUAAAAAUUUUCAGUGUGCUCCUGAGUACAAAAGUGGUCACGGCGUUCGACUGCCCUUCCGAGGGGCUGUUCCCCGACCCGGCUGACUGCAGUGGCUACUACAGCUGCAACUACAAGCUUCAGGCCGCACGAGGAACCUGUCCCUUGAACACGCACUUCGACCCCGUGAACAGGGACUGCGAGGUCGGAGCUGACUGCAGCCAGCCAGCGUCAGCUCCUACGGCGACAACGGCCUCCGCGGUGACGAGUAGAGACUUCCCAUGCGGUGGCGUAGGGAUGUACGAAGACCCGACGGACUGCACUGCGUACUACGCUUGUGACCACAAUGGGCAGGCUGUCAGACUAAUCUGCCCGCUGACAACGUAUUUUAAUUCCGAUUACCAGGACUGCGAGCCAGGAGUCUGCGCAUCGGGAAUAACGCAGAGGUCGGCUACAUCAACAACUACAACGCCCACGACGACCACAACACCGACGACGACCACAACGCCGACGACGACCACAACGCCAACGACGACCACAACGCCGACGACGACCACAACGCCAACGACGACCACAACGCCGACGACGACCACAACGCCAACGACGACCACAACGCCGACGACGACCACAACGCCAACGACGACCACAACGCCGACGACGACCACAACGCCAACGACGACCACAACGCCGACGACGACCACAACGCCAACGACGACCACAACGCCGACGACGACCACAACGCCAACGACGACCACAACGCCGACGACGACCACAACGCCAACGACGACCACAACGCCGACGACGACCACAACGCCAACGACGACCACAACGCCGACGACGACCACAACGCCAACGACGACCACAACCCCGACGACCACCACAACCCCGACGACGACACCAACGACUACCACAGCCCAGACAACGCCGACGACAACACCAACGAUCACAACGCCGACAACGACCACAACCCCGACGACAACCACAACACCAACUACGACGUCAACACCGACGACCACCACAACCCCGACGACGACUACAACACCGACGACAACCACAACACCGACAACCACUACAACGCCAACGACCACCACAACCCCGACUACGACCACAACCCCGACAACGACUACAACACCGACUACGACCACAACCCCGACGACGACUACAACACCGACGACAACCACAACACCGACAACCACUACAACGCCAACGACCACCACAACCCCGACUACGACCACAACAACGACUACGACCACAAAACCGACGACCACCACCCCGACGACAACGUCGACGACGACGACCACCACAUCGACGACAACUCCAAAACCCACAACGACAACUCCGGGAACGACCACAAUGCACUGCACGAGUAGCUCAGAUACCUACGCGGACCCCUCGGACUGUCACAAGUAUUACCGCUGCGACGUGAAUCUGAAUCUUGUGUCCCAGACGUGUGCCCUUAGCGUCAUUUAUUACUACGACGCCAAAUCGGGCGGCUGCUCCUUAGGCUUCUGCUAAACUGUGAACUGUAGCACUUUCGGUUACCUUAGAACUCAGUGCUGCUAGCAAACGCAAAUUACAAUGUUUCCAUUGUCUGAACAACACUUUUUCGAUUCCUCGCUUUGUAGUUUCGUGUCUCAGGUCCACGACAGAUUGCAGGACCAUGUGGAAUUCUACUUUAAUUCACCCGCUUCGAAAUACUGUGAGGAUAUUUGGCGAAUGUGCCGCUUGUUAUAGGGGAAGCGGGAACUGAAGCAGUGAUUCCGCUCAAGGGAAAUGUCGUGCAGUACCGCCGGCACAGCCGUCAAAUAUUCUAACUUUAUUCUUAUUAUGAGCAUGGAAAGGAAGUUGCCAAUCAUAUUCACUUGCGAAGAAAAUAAUGGCAUUAUUCUGCAAUACCUCUUAUUACACAUGCUUUUUGUGUGAUUUGAUAAGAACACACACGUUAAAUAGUAGGCCUGUCGAUUUUAGUUCUUUUGUGUGAACAUGCUGGUAGAUACUAACGUUUCGGAGGACCAUACUAGCUCCAUUUACAUGGCAGGAAUUUAAGAUAUUGUUAUUCCAAAACGUUAAUAUCCACCUUAAGCCCACGCGGUACAAUUACAUAUGCGCGACGCCAGCGUGUUCACAGAAGCUUUUGAAUCACUCUGUAGUUUUCGAAGUCAACCCAGCACAAAACACGACAAAAUCGUGAAAACGGGCCCGUUGUCUACACCGCAGAUGAUGAGUAAAUAUGGAGCAGCGUUUAAACGAUACUGACAAGGGUGGACAAAAGAACUGUAAUAAUAAUAAUUUUGUCCCAGUGCCACAUUUUCGCCCACGAAACCCACUGAAAUGUCCUGGGUGCUAAUCCGGGUCUCUGCGGUGGGAGGCCAGUGACUAACCGCCUGAGCUAUGGAAGGGCCCAAAAACACCACGCAGUAAGAGUCUAAAUUCCUGGACAAAUAGCAAUGUUUAUGUAACAUUUAUUGUAUAAAGCUUAAGAACAAAAUAAAAACUCGUUUAAAUACAAAAUAAA